AUGCAGCUCGUGAAAACGUUGCUGGCCACGAAUACGAACACGGCCUUUGACUCCAUGACGAGUUGGCUACUUGUGAUCCAGGUUUUGAGCGCGAUCACCGUUUUUGGCAUCAUCUGGUUCUACUGCAAAAUUCUGUCAGCAUGCAACCAUGUCUAUAGCCAUUUGAAAACCACGAGACACUUGGUGGAACUCUCAGGUGGCACCGCAAAAAGCCAGGCCGCUUUCCGGACAGCUCAGAAGGCCAUACUGACAGAAAGCUGGGGUCUUCGUUUGGUAUUUAUGGCCACAGUGCUGGUUGGACGUCCCCUUGCUUUUUUUGUCAAGGCCGAGAAUCCCUUGAGAUUCCUCGCUCAGAGUACCUUGCUGUUGUGCAACACGGCAGGAGCUUGGAUUCUAUCCAAUGCACAUGGGGUGAGCAACCUCCAGGGCUGUGUGAUCACAUUUCUGAUGGCUAUUCUAGUCGGUUUGGUGCUUGCAGGUAUAAAGAUCAGUGGCUGGGAACUGGCUUUGGGCAUCCUGUGCACUGCACUGGCAGCAGCACUCCUGGGUCUGUUGAGUGGAGGUUACUUCAAAGAAGGAGAGUUGGAAGCCAAACUGAUCGGACUAUGCAGUGUCGACUCUGAUUGCAAGGAGUCCAUGGAAGCAGAGUGGCGAAAGAAGGUGACUGACUUGUCCCGCCGAGGCAUCACGGCUCAAGGAUUGUUAGACUUCUACAAGAAAUUGGGUAGCAGCCUCAUGCCACAUUAUGACGCCUCUAAACACACCACCAAUGAUGUUGUUCGACAAGCCAUCAUCCCUGCCACCCGAGAACAGCGCUGUGCAUAUGCGCUGAUGGCAGGAGGCGGCCCAGUGAAGCCUGACCGGAUGGUGACGCACUCGUGGCAAAACAAGUUUCGAGAUCUGGUCGCAGCAGUCAUUGCAGAUGCGGUGCAUGAGAACAGCUUUGAUUUGGUCGCCAGAGUGCUGGACUCUGAUGUGUCAGUCCUUGAGACAAUGUUGGAGAAUCUGGGCACUGGCAGCACAGCCUACUGGAUUUGUGCCUUUUCCGUGAAUCAGCACGCAGGAAUUUGUGGAGGCAACCCCAAUGGUGACCGUGACUCCGUCACAGGCAAAGUGCACGAGACGUGCAGUUGCAACCUGCCAAAGAUGUUCAAUGCAACUCCUCCGUUGUCAGAUGGCCGGAGUAUUGGCUGCGAGAUGAACAAAUUUGAUGACAUGAUGGCCUUGCUGGCAGCUGGCAAUCCAAAGUUUGCGCAGAUUGUUGCAGUUGAUCAAGCUUUUGGGUUAUUUACUAGAGCAUGGUGUGUGGCUGAGCUCGUUCAGGCAGAUGAAACACAUCUAAAGCAACACGUCAAGAUGCAUUCCAGGCCUUUGCUGGUGAUGAAAAAAGAAAGCUUGCAAAACUUGAAGGUCGAGAACAUGGAAGCGUCUCGCCCCGAGGAUGUUGACUACAUUCUCAGUAGGAUACCAAACAAGAAUGUGUUCAACCAGAAGUUACAGAAGCUUAUCUUUGACAAAGCUGGCCUGUUAUCCACUUGGUUUCAGCUAGAUGCUGCUCGUCAGAUGGAAGAAGUCGGAAACCUCUUGAAGUGGAGCUUAGCUGAUGAUGGCAGAGGAGAAAUUUGGCAGUUUUGGAGCAAGUGGGGCAAAGCGGGCAGAGCCAAGGUUGUAGGUGGAGCAGACCACGGAGGUGUUUUGGUGCGCUCUGGCUUUGAGCUGUCAUCGGAGCUGGCAGAGACGCGUUUGUCCACCGGUGCUGUGGUGAAGGAAAUGGAGAACAGGGAUGGCCGCAUUUGCUAUGAACUGAUCCGGGGCGAGGGUCCUCGAAGCGGUUGGGUUUCAUCCAAACUCCGUGGUAAGGACCUGCUUGUUCCGCAGAGCCGACCACGGGCUGCGGGAAAGUUCUCACAGUUGCUGUCACAGAAGGUGGAGGAGGCAGUUGAAACUACCUGCAGUGAGACUGUGGAGAGCCCGGAGGAGAGUGAGUCUGGAAGCAGCACACCUGUGCAAGUGGAGAGAGUGGAAGCUGGAAAGGAGCCAACUGAGGAUGAGAAGGAGGCCUUUCACAAGUACAUGGAGAAGUUUGGAGAGUGCCGAGAUGGCUCCAAUCCAGGCUACAGUCGGAAAGCCUUCCCUUGGUACAGUGGCAAGCUUCCACAGGGAGAGAAGGUGUCAGAGGAGUCACUCCAGGCAGCUUUGUCCUACAAACCCCGAGAGAAGCGCCUGAACAAACCCAACCUCACCGAGGUGGACUCAGAGGGUGAGGAGAUUCCACUGUGCACCAAGUGCUCGAUGCCAGUGGGAGAGUUUGCCUACCAGGGUCGUGAAGGCAAGCACACCUGUGUGCACACUGAGUGCAUGGCGCAGGUGUUGACCAAAGAAGCGCAACGAGAUGAGGAGGUUCGCAAUGAACGUGAGCAGCAGAAAAAAAUCCUGAACCGCAGGGAGUACGACAUUGGAUGGCGCAUGGAUAGCGUUCCGGAAAAUCUCCCUCUGGCGGAGCGCAUGGGCUGCAAGGCCUCACCACAAGGUUUGUGUUGUUUGGUCCUGGAUGAAGCCUCCAAGACGGUGAAGGUUCAGGCGACCCUGGAACCUUCUGCUGCAGUGAAUUUGGAGUACCUUCUCCUGGCCUUAAAGGUUCGAAAGACGGCUUCCAGGGAGCCGCUCUUCUCCUUGGAUCCAGUGGAUCCUCAGAACCUAGAAAGCUCUCCUCAACAGAAAGUCUAUGAACCCAAAUGGCUGGCUGGCACCAGUGCUGGAGAUGUGAUGUUCCAAGCGGAUUAUUUUUUGAAGGAGCUUGCUCUGGGUGAGUAUCCGAUGCCUGUGGUUGGAAUGAGCAGCGUCUUUGAUUUCUCCGAGAUGACCGGCAAAGAAAACCAAUGGGCCGGCCGUGAAUGGUUCGUGGUCAAGAAGGCAGAAGUUCGACUGGCUGAAGAUAACACGCUGAUCCCUCACGUCAAGAUGGGCGUUGAGGCUCGCGAACAAGUGCUGACGAAGAAUGGCCUGGAAGAUGCACCAGUGACUUUGCCUCACCACCCUUUGAAGAAGUUCGCGGAGGCCUUCACCAGGCACUUCGAUCUCAUCGCAGAGCGAAAGAGUGUGAUCUUCCACCUUCGCGAGUUGGCCAAGGCCUCUGUGAUGGCCAAAUACCUUGUGGAUUCGAAGGCUCGCCUGGAUCCCAAAUGGUACACUUUGGCGGAGGAGAUCGUGAAGAACAUUCAGCCGGAGGCUCAUCCUGAGAUUCCCCAGCUCUGGAACAUGCGGGGCAACUCGAGGAUCAAACUCAAGAAUGGCCGACUCAUUGACAUGGUCACAGGCGGUCAGAGCUCCCUACAGGCCAUCUACGGCGGAGUGGAGUUUGGCCUGGAUCGUUUUGAAUUGGCCCAGCGCCAUGCGCUGCAGGGCCAGCCAGGGAUGCAGCUGGGUCAGUCAGGCCGCCCAAUGUUUAUGCCACAGCGCUUCCAGUUGGGUCAGCGCGAGAUGCCACAGGGUGUGGACCUGAACUUGGACAAGUUCUCCCUCUCCACCGAGGAACGCUUUGCCGGCCGGCUGCCACCCUGCAGUGGUGGGGUUGGCUCCCUUGAAGCUCGCACCAGCCUGGGAAAGGCAUUCCUCAACAGCUUGAGGCAAAGGUCAUGGCCUGGCGUGAAGCCAGAUGAUCAGAGCCUCCUGGUGAACAUCUUUACUGUGCCCCAGUGUGAUCGCACAGAAGAAGGAGAUGCCUUCAUCCCCCCUGAUCCGAACAUGGCGUACAUUCAGAAGCUUCGGAACACAGUGGGUGAGGAGAAGAGCAUUCGCGAACGCCGCAAGACUCGCUUCGCCGACAAGAGUUUCGUCAUGGCCAACCCUGGCUCAGACUUCCCCAGAUCUUGGACGUCACGCUUCCAAGUGGAGUUGGAAGGGCGAGUGUCUUAUACCGUCCCAACCAAGUUUGGCCUGGUGAAGUUGGAUGUGGAAGACAGCUUCAAGCGAAGCCUUCUUCAGGAGGUUGUGCCCAACGCCGUGCCAGAGUUUCACCAAGUGACAGAGGAUGGUGUCCACUUCCGCAUCUACAAGCUGGGCAGUCUGGAGGUGCGAACCAUCCAAGAGCCAGAGGCAGAAGAGCAAGUGCACCAGGUCUUCAGUUCUCGAGGCGCCUCCUGGGAGGCACAAGCCACCAAAGCAGAGGCAGUGUUGCACAAAGAGAAGUUGAGCAGAUGCAAGAUGUACAUUGAGUCCUGCGAGCAUGAGGCCUGCAACCACUACUACAUGGUCUUGGAGACCGAAGAGAAGAGCAUUGUCGUUACAGAGCGACUGGCCAAUGGCACCCUGUCUUGGGCACAGGAUCCUCAGAACUUGGAAGAUCGCAACUCGUUGGCCAAACUUCUCUUCACAGCGGACUGCAAGGAGGGCAUGGUGUUCGGUGAUGUGGUGAAGCACUUCGAGGCGCUUCCUCAGGAGACUGGAUUGGACUUCCGCAAGCGUUAUGCCAAAGCUCUGUACAAGUUCUUGUCUGGCCGACAGCUGCGCGGCAAGUGGGGAGGCAGCGCCCGCCGCUAUGCUGCCCCAACGCCCAAACGCGGCCUGGGGAUGUCCAUGAACUUCCAGGCGUCAUCUUUCGCUCGAAACGCGGGCAUUCGGGGACUAUGA